AUGGCACCAACUUCAAGAAACCAGCGCCAACAAUCAAGAGCAUCCUUCCAUCCAUCAAAUGACACUGCAACUUACCGUGACCUGCUACUUUUUGAAGAACGGCUCAAAACCAACGCUGCUCAGCUUCAACGCCGAAAGUCCAGGUAUCAACUAUUUCUAGUCCACCUUCUGAUAGCUAUCGCGUUCCUUCUCUCCGAAGUCCUUCUUCAGACAUCCUUUCUAGACAUACCCUAUACGAAGAUCCUCCGCAAAGUACUUCCCGAUGUGUACAGCGGUGCUGAGAACUUGAAGCCUCACCCAUACUAUGCAUCAGGGCUCCUCUUCGUACUCGUAACUGCUCUCCUCCUCUUCUUUGCAAGCGGUAUGUACGCCGAGAAAAUUGCAUAUGCAAAUAGAUAUGUUCCUCAUGCGAAUAAAGCCCUUCGAAAUUUCAACAUGUACUUGAAUGUCCGACGUCCCCCCCUUCGUUCAACGUUCUCCAUCAGCCCCUUUUCUUUUGUUUUCCACCGACCUGCACAGCCGCGAGCACCCUCCUCAACACCACGCCCAUCUAAUGCACCAGCCCCCAUGGCGCCUAUACCACCCGCAAACAGUCCACGCGGCGAACUCAUUUUCUCUUCGCGCGUUGACCGAGGGUUUAGAGAGAGCUACGAGAGAUAUCGAGCUGCGUUUGAAAGAAAGCGAGAUGGGAGAGAGAGGGACGAAAGAGGGAAGACUUGGACGGGAUGGAUUGUGAACAAGAUGCCGUGGAAUCAACCGCCGAUAGGAGCACCCGUUUUAGUCGCACCUUCACGGACCGCUGUUGUCGGCACUCCGUUGGGGUCCAGGAGAUCAAGCCCUAUGCCGAGGCCAGGGACAAGAGAUGCUCCUGCCGUAAGAGCUAUUGAUUAG